AUGUCUGCCCUCAGUCCGUCGCCUUUAUUAUACAAAGCCCACGAAUACUCCUAUGUCGUAGUCUAUAGUCUAAUUAUAAUCUGCACUCUCCUACCCAUCUCGUGCUUUGGUGUUCUCAUCACGCUCGGCCAACUCGCGCUCGUUGUACUUAUGGUCGUGCACACUCUCGGCCGGGGCAUCUCCUCAAAGCCGUCACGAUUGCUCUUGCGCACGUACGGUCUGCUAUCAUUACUGGUUCCUUUGUCGUCAGCCCUCCCUGUUGCCAACCCGGCCAACGAGACCGGCAGAACUUCGCACGUCUCAACGCCCGACUUGGAUCUCACUACCAAGCCAGCUUCAACUACGACUGCGCUACCUUUUGUGGCGCCCUUGCAUGUCCUGGCUCGUCUCUUGCCAAACCACGGUCUUCCCGUACAAGAGGCCCUCGACGUCUUCAAUAUGUUCUUCGACUUUCAUCCUUCUAUUGCGGCUCGCUUCCCUGCCCGCUACAUUUCAGACGACGUCAACCUACCCCUUGAUGACCCGUUGGUGCCAACCUUCAAACAGUCUAUUGUCGACAUAGCCCCAUCAAUCUACGAGGCUGCCCUACGUCACACCACACGCCUGGUUUCUACAAUUCAAGAUUUGAUUGCAAAUGGCGCUCGGGCACUGGAGAUCGCGCCUCGACAGUGUCUGCCCCUUUGGGGUACAGAUGUGGUGCAGCGCCUGCAGCCUUCUGCUGAUCGACUCGAGUGGUGGCACGAUGCCGACGAUUUCUUGAAGCAGUUCGAGGACGCCGCACCGCAGGGUGCUUUCAAAAACAGUUUCGUUUUGGCUGUGCUUCAAGCUCGUGGAUACCUCCUGACUCUCCCACAUGAUGUCGAAGUCGCCGGUCGAGGUGGUGCAGUUCAUCUGCAAGCACGCGAUCUUGCAUCAUUUCUUUCACAUCGCUGGCUCAACGACGACAUGAUCAAUGCUGGUCUUGACUGGCUGGUGCAUGCUCUUGGCCCAACCACCACCACGGCCAUUGCAAACUGCUACUGGCUAGAAUCCCUUCGAAGUGCUCGUGCACAGGGCUUCGCAACAUACGCACUGCGCUCAUCCCGCCUAGCUGCAUUGUUACGUACCGGCCGAAUGCGCGUACUCGAGAUCCCUUUGCACAUUCAUGGCAACCAUUGGGCUGGUCUGCACGUCAACUUGACCGAUUGUACGUACUCUUACCGUGAUGGUCUGUACGCGUCGGCACAUCCCUCUCAGGAGGACCUCGAUCUGGUUCAAUGGGCAUUAUCGUCCUUACUUCCUGGUCCAGUACCUCAGCUCACGCCCUCGACUCGACCGCUUGUGUCCCCUCGCCAACGGGAUCACCACUCUUGUGGUAUUCUCUAUCUUUCAACACUUUCGCAUGAGCUCCUUGGAGAUCAACCGUGGCGGCAAGCGACUGCCGAUCUAUGGCACCUGGAGUGGUUCAACCGUCUAGCAGAGGAUGCGGCCAUAGGCUCCGAUGCACAGUCUGUUCAGGAGGAGGAAGACGGCAAAGCCAGCAUCGUAGAACUCGACAACGUCACAUUCGACUUUGAGCAGUCAGCAUAUACUGUGUCGCUUGAUAACUCUGAGCGAAGCCCUGAGCUUGAAGAUUGCAAUAACGAGAGCUCUCGACCACCAACGCCGCCUGCUUUGUCUUUGCCCUCCCUCGAUAGUUCCGCUGCAUGGCCCGCUCGACUUCGUGGGAGGGGAUCCGCCGCCACGUCUUCUCUCUCAGGCUGGUCUCUUGACACCUUCGAUACCGACAGCAUAUCUGACUUCUCGGAUGUGUCCUACGAGAACGAUGAACUCGCCGAAGACUCCGCAGAUGAAGCUCUGUAUCAGUCAGUUCACCAAAGUUCGUCGAGCGACGCCCUUGCUCCCGAGUUCCCAACUCAUGCCGAGUCCCCGAUUCGCGCCCACCUAUAUGAUGCUGCCGAACAGCCCGUACCACCUAGACGCGCCGCUCCUCACCCUGAACCUUCGGGUCAUGUGAUGCGUCUGACAGCGUAUUUUGAAUGCCUAACACCCAAACAAGCAGCUGCACGGAGGGAGGCUCAUAGAGCAGAGGAUCUUGAAGCAGCUGCCGAGGAGCUGAAGCACAGGGAGUACCGCCUUUGGCUGGAACACCUGAAGAAGGAGGAGCAUGUUCGAGCUUUGACGCGCGAACGUGUACGCAGGUAUCGUCAACAGAAAAAAGCGGCGAAGGAUGAACGUUGCCCCAAAGUCUCAAUGAACGACGUUCUUGGUCGCAUUGACAGCCUGCCGCCCGGGCCAUCUAUGGCUCAGGUCUCACGUCCGUAUUGUCAAUUCAAGAUCGACGCUCGGGAGAAUCUCAGCAGCCGUGGCCGCAAACGUAUUGCCGCGCGCGAUUGUGGCCCCUGGAUGCGCCCUGCAGAGAUUGUGAAGUGCUUGCAGUGUCGUAAUCCACACGACUUCGCGGCUCUGACACCUCAAGUUCUCGGACAGUACAUCGAGCGACCGCGAGAUGCUUUCCCUCGUUGGCGGCCGGAGGUCAUACAACGUGUAGAGGCCCGUGGCGGGAUACGUCCUGGAGGGCACUCUCAACACUGUGGUGUUCUCUCUAGCCAUCCCGAACUUGUUGACGAGAUCCUCCAACAGUUGAUCGCUAUACGCGAAGCCGGUGUCAUGAUCACGGUCGAUAACGCUCGCAGUAUCAUCUUGGGCUUGAUACAGCACUGUGCGCCUCAGCUUCUUCGGGAAGUCCUCAGCGACGGCAGCCAGUUUGUUUGUUCGGAUGCCUAUGUCCGUCGUUUCUUAUACCACCAACUUCAUUGGGUGCCACGGCGGGGUACGCGAGCGGCUCAAAAGACACCAGAGAACGCUGGACAGCUGUUAUGGGAGCUUUUCAUCCGCUUGGUCUUAUCUCUGCAUGAUGCUGGCAUCCGUCAUGGCGGUCUGUAUAUCAACUUCAACCAGACGCAAGUCGUCAUCGCCAAUCCGUCUACCCGAACUUUCGCUCGCGAAGGCGAUCACCAGGUCAUCAUGAAGGGCUCCUCGAUUCACUCACUACCGUCUCCGGAUGCCCCGCGCUUCGACGAGGCCCUUGCUGUGGGACUACGCUUCGACCUCAAUCCCAACAAUUAUUGGUUCAGUGCUCCUUUGAUGGAGACGUACUUCGAACACGUUGUCGUCCCGUUCUUCACGCGCAACAAGGCUGCACACAACUACCCCAAAGAUCAGGAGUGCAUCGUCCUGUUGGACUGUUGGUCGGUUCACCGAAGUCGCGAGUUCAGAGCUGUUGUUCGCCGCCGCUGGCCCUGGAUUUGCCUUUGUUAUGUUCCAGGUGGUAUGACUGGUCUCGCGCAGCCCUGCGACGUUGGCAUCCAGCGGCCGUACAAGCUGGCUAUUCGCCAGGGUCAGCAGCAGCAUAUCAUCAACGAGACCUUGCAGCACCUCCGCUCUGGUGCCGUCGCGACGGCGAUCCGGCUUGACAAUCGCAUUGGCACCCUUCGCGACUGCGCUGUUUCUUGGUUCACCAAUGCCUGGAAUGCUAUCAACCAACCAUCGCUAGUGAAGAAGGCGUUUGAGAAAUGCAUCGUGCGCAACGGAUUCAACCUAUCUUUCAAGUCUUUGACUAGCCCGGCGGCGCUCAAGAUUGUACGGGAUGUCAGCAACGGCUAG